CUUUCUCUCUCACAAACACACACACACUUGUUUUCAAUUUACUGCGCUUUCUGCUCAUGGGAACUAAAAACAUUGCUGCUCCCGCAAGCCCACCUGGUCUUGCAUCAAAAAACCACACCCAGAACCACCAUCAGUCACAGCCUCAACAACAUCACCAUCACAAUAUACUCCCCUCCACUUCUAUUCUUGUAAUUAUCAUGCCCACUAUCAUAAGCAUCUUGCUCGUUGCAAUAUUACUGAUUGUAGUAUUUCUCCGUCGCCUACAAUCUACAAAGAACAAUGACAGUACUAAGAACAACAGAAUCAUCAACAACAGUAAUUGCAUGUUCAUUACUCUUAGCACCAUUAACAUCAAUUUUUGCCAAGAAGUGAAGGAUGGGUGUCUAUAUGGAGGAAGUUCAAGCCGUCUGGCUCAAACAAAGUCUAGACGAGUCGAAGUUUUCACCUACAAGGAGCUUGAAGUGGCAACUGAUAAAUUUAAUGAAGCAAAUGUUGUAGGAAAUGAAAGGUGUGGAGUCGUCUAUAAAGGGGUUCUGAGUGAGGGCACUAUGGCAGCAGUUAAGGUGUUGCAGGGGCAAGGGAAGCAAGGGGAGCGUGCAUUUCGCUCAGAGGUGGAUUUAUUAAGCCGCUUGCACUCUCCAUACAUUGUGGAGCUUCUUGGGUACUGCGCAGAUCAACACCACAGGGUCCUAGUAUUUGAAUUCAUGCCCAGUGGUACUCUUCAACACCAUCUCCAUCCUCCGAACAAGCAAUCUCCAACAGUAAAUUGGGGUACCCGACUGAGAAUAUCACUUGAUUGUGCUAGAGCCCUUGAGUUCCUCCAUGAGCACACAAUGCCAUCAAUCAUCCAUCGUGAUUUUAAGUGCAGUAACAUUCUCUUAGACCAAAAUUUCAGAGCCAAGGUUUGGGAUUUCGGGUUGGCCAAGAUAGGUUCAGACAAGAUCAAUGGUCUAGUUUCCACUCGCGUUUUAGGGACCACAGGAUAUUUAGCCCCAGAGUAUGCUUCAACGGGUAAGCUCACAACAAAGUCAGAUGUAUACAGUUACGGUGUAGUUCUUUUGGAGCUCUUGACAGGCCGUGUUCCAGUGGAUACAAAGCGCCCUCCUGGAGAGCAUGUCCUUGUCUCUUGGGCGCUUCCAAGGUUAACUAACAGGGAAAAAGUAGAGAAAAUGGUUGAUCCGGCACUGCAAGGCCAGUUUUCGAAAAAGGAUCUGACUCAGGUAGCCGCUAUAGCAGCCAUGUGCGUGCAAACAGAGCCAGACUACCGCCCAAUAAUGACAGAUGUUGUGCAGUCCUUGAUUCCACUGGUUAAGAACCUUUCCUCUGCAUGUCCCUCCAAUUCAUUCAGUUUUAAUCAGACAGUAAGUCCAAGGUCUUAAGGGGCUGUUUGGGGAUUGCAUUUGAACCUUCUAGGAUCCAAACAGUUCUUCUAUCUAUGAACCAGCUGAUUCAUGUGUGACAAAUUACAACCGGACACUCUCCAACACCCCCAGCAGACAUGGUGGGUUCAUCGCAUGGGACCAAAGUCAUAAUCAGCUUCCCAAUUUGUUUUUGUUUCACUGAAAACUCCUCACUGCAUUUUUGCAUGAACAUGGUGGCACAAUUUAUGGGACCAAAGGGAUCUUGAAAUGUAUCAGAGCACAUGGGACCAAAGACAAACCUAUCAGUUGAAGUGUAAAUAACUCGAAUCAAAAGGGAGGUUUAAAACCUGAGCACCUUACCAGAGCUCUGACUGUUCUCUGCAGUCAGAAUAAAUAUUCCAGUAAUGAAAAUGGAAGAAUCUAGCAGAACAUUGAAUGAAUGUAUUAUUACUUGAUCUUCUCGAUUUAUGGAAUUAGGUCAUAGAAAACGACAGGUGUUGUUGGGUUUUUGAUCAUGGUAACUGGGGGUUUAGUUUAUACCUUUUGUAAUUAUUGUAUCCGAAUGCACAUUUAUGUGAUAAAAUUAGAUUGAAAACUAU